AGAGGAAGGAGGAAGAGGAUGAGAGGCAGGGAAAGAAGCGAUUGAGAAGCGAAAUUACGGGGCUGCGCACUUUUCUCCCAUUAAUCCACCCGUGGCCGAUAUAUACUCGUCGAAUUGAUCAAUCGCCUGGACCAGUCGAGGGUGCAUAUUUAGCGGAUAUGGAGGACACGGCGAGCUCGAUAAACCGGACCCGAACUCGGACCGAAUUCACCCCCUGUUCUCCCCAAUUUUGCCGAAUCCUGCUUACUGCCCUUCGCCUCGGAGUAAUCGUCUCCGAAGAGGAGGCCUCUCUCGAAGACGAUGCACGCAACCAGAAAGCAAUUUUCGUAACUUGCCUCAAUCUUCUUCGACUACGAUCGGAUUGACGAUUUCUUCUCAACGCUACAAGAAGAUAAGGCAACCGGUAUCUAGCCUUUUCGCCCCGAGGCCACUUAUCCGUAAAAUUUCCGGGAGAUUCGCGACGAUUCGCGGAACGUUGCGGAGGCGGCAUGGAACGGACACGCCCAGCGUCGCGACGCUUUUAUCGAUCAACAAGACCACGGCCGAAUUUACGCGAACGGCCAUUUUACUUUUCUGUCGGCUGAUACGAGAGAGGAUUGAAGAAGCAGGAUCGCGCGCAAAUACAUGCGAGGACGAACGUGAGAAGAGACUGAAGGAUUGCGCAAGAAUAAUGUAACUCGGACAAAUCAACCCCUGAUUAGUCUCGAAAUGAAGAAGAGAAGAAGCAUGUAAUCGCGUCUGGAUUAAUAGCAGCGGUGUAAAUAUGAAGACCGAGAUGGAGACGGAGUCCGAAUGCGCGGAUGACGUUCUGUGCCCGAACAACAAUAACAACAACAAUAAUAACAACAAAAACAAUAAUAAUAAUACCAGCAAUAACAACAACGUCGCCGUCGUGAAGAAGGGCGGCAACGAUAACGGAUACGACACUAUCGAAAUGGACUGCGGCGGCUGCGGAGAGAGCGUACGCGAACGCACCGUCCUGUGCGUAGGAGGCCGUACCUGGCACUCCAGAUGCCUAAAGUGUUGCGCCUGUGCCAGGCCCCUGCACGAUCAGCACUCGUGCUUCCUGCGCGGCAUGCGGCUCUACUGCAGGCACGAUUACGCCUUAACUUUCGGCGCGAAAUGCGCCAAGUGCGGACGUAGCAUGGGCGCCGGGGAUUGGGUGAGAAGGGCCAAAGACAGGGUCUAUCAUUUGGCCUGCUUCGCCUGCGACGCCUGUUCCCGUCAAUUGUCCACGGGCGAGCAGUUCGCGCUUCUGGACGCCCGACUGCUCUGCAAGGCGCAUUAUCUCGACGUGGUCGAGGGUAACAACACGUCCUCGUCGGAAGACUGUGACUCCGAACACGGCGGUAAGGGCAGCAAGACGAAGCGCGUGAGGACGACCUUUACCGAGGAGCAACUCGCGGUCCUUCAGGCUAACUUCCAGCUAGACAGCAAUCCCGACGGCCAGGAUCUCGAAAGAAUAGCUCAGGUGACCGGUCUCAGCAAGAGGGUCACGCAGGUCUGGUUUCAAAACUCCCGAGCGAGGCAGAAGAAGCACAGCGGCAAGAUUAAGACUCAAAUGCAUCAUUCGCCACCGAUGCAACAUCAUCCCGUCGAUCUAUAUUCCGGUGGGGUGAAUGUGGUGGGCGCUUAUCUCGGCGGUUAUCAGGCGAGCAAUGGUAGCGAGAGUCCUGGUAGUCCGUUGACGCCACUCACACCGUUGACGCCACUCACACCGACGACGCCGAACCAUUUGCAGGCCCAAUUCUGCCAUCAAGCGGGAUGAUUCGACGCGCAAAAAUUUUCUGUUACGCGUGUAAUUAAUUAUUAAGUACGGAAAAACACUUGAGGAGAAUACAAUUAUUCUCUAACGUAUCUUGUAUAUACCGAGGAAAUGUAAAGUAAAUGCGUUUGUCGAUAAUAUUAUAUAAUAUAUAACGUAUAAAAAUGGUACAAUUUCGUAUUUAAAUUUUAGAUUAGAUUUAUUUAUUCCACAAACUUGUAACAAUUUAUAUGUAUUUGCGAUACAGUGGAUUAAAUUACUUAGACGAGAAGAACAAUCUGGGAUGACGCUGUUGCGUCGUUUUGAAUUUUUGACGUGAAUACUCUUAAACCUAUAUGUAUAACACGAGGUUGUAUAUAAAAAUGAAUUGUAGCUUUUGUACAUAUAUUUCCUGUAGGAAAGGAUAUGGAAAUAUUAAGAGAGAAAUGUGGCUGAAAAUUUGAUAUCGCACAUUUAUCGCUGCAAUAUUAUAUAAAUCGUACUGUU